CUGUUUUCAAAGUUUUUCAAUUUCUUUUUUAGUCAUCCAUGUGUUUGCUAUGUAGCGGCAAGUUACAAGAUAUAAAUCUGCACUAGUAUUGUUCAGAAUGUCAUAUUGACAAAAGCUGAAAUGCAAGAAUGAGCAUUUUUGGUUAAGAAGCUGAAAAAAAGCUUUUCAAACCCAUUUGCGCAAUGGGUCAGCGGCUCAGUGAGGAGACGGACGAUAAGGAAAUCGAUGUUGCUGAACUACAGGAGUGGUAUAAAAAGUUUGUGGUGGAAUGCCCAAGUGGAACCCUUUUCAAACAUGAGUUCAAGAGCUUCUUUGGCGUGACCGACAAUCAGGAAGCGGCAGACUACAUUGAGAAUAUGUUCCGUGCUUUUGAUAAAAAUGGGGACAACACUAUUGAUUUUCUGGAAUAUGUUGCAGCAUUGAACUUGGUAUUGCGAGGGAAGCUGGAGCACAAACUCAAAUGGACUUUCAAAAUGUAUGAUAAAGAUGGGAGCGGAUGCAUUGACAAGACAGAGCUAAAGGAGAUUGUGGAGUCAAUCUACCGAAUGAAGAAAGCCUGCCACGGGGAGCUGGAUGAAGAGUGUCACCUACUUACCCCAGACCAGGUGGUGGACCGAAUAUUUGAACUGGUGGAUGAGAAUGGAGACGGGGAACUGUCACUGGAUGAGUUCGUUGAUGGUGCACGACGUGAUAAGUGGGUCAUGAAGAUGCUGCAGAUGGAUGUGAACCCAGGAGACUGGAUCAAUGAGCAGCGAAGAAGGAGCGCCAAUUUCUAAAGUAGUGAAUCCAAAAUCCAAAUGCCUCCUUGGCCAAGAUUCAACACAGUCUGUUCGCUCUUUACAACGUACCAUAAACACUAUUAGGUCUGUAAAGAAAGACGCAGUGAGACAACCUUUUCCCGAAGCAAAAGUCGACCUUUUAAAUGGCACAGGGAUAUGCACAAGGGAAAUGCCAAAUGUCUGGUUGUUUUUUUCUUCUUCACAUUUGCUCAGCAUUUCUAUUCAUCUGUAAUGCUUUAAAUGUAACAUUCUGUAUAAAAUUUAAAAUUUUGUGUUUAAAAUGUAUAUGUAUUGUCUAUUAAGUUUUUCUUGGCUUGGGUUGAGGAUGGCCAUUAAUGUAACACAAAUUAGACAUAUUUUAAUUUUAAUGUAAGUUUCAUUU